GGAAGUCCGGACGCCAGAACUGUCGGAAGAGAAGGCCUGGGGCGGAGGCGGCCCGGGCUCCGGCGGAGGCCAUGGCGGAGAGGCCCGAGGACCUAAAUCUGCCCAACGCCGUCAUUACCAGGAUCAUCAAGGAAGCGCUCCCGGACGGCGUCAACAUCUCCAAGGAGGCCCGGAGCGCCAUCUCCCGCGCCGCCAGCGUCUUCGUUCUCUAUGCCACAUCCUGUGCGAACAACUUCGCGAUGAAGGGCAAGCGCAAGACUCUGAAUGCCAGUGAUGUGCUGUCAGCCAUGGAAGAGAUGGAGUUCCAGCGGUUCGUGGCCCCGUUGAAAGAGGCCCUGGAAGCGUACAGGCGGGAGCAGAAAGGCAAGAAGGAAGCUUCGGAGCAGAAGAAGAAGGACAGAGACAAAAAAACGGAUUCCGAGGAGCAGGACAAGAGCAGGGAGGACGAGGAUGAAGACGAGGAAAGACUGGAUGAGGAAGAGCAGAACGAGGAGGAGGAGGUAGACAACUGAGUGGAGAGAGUGGGCAGACUGUGGCGCCACGGAAGUGACCACCCUGAGAUGUUCCCACGGGACGCCUUUCCCCGCGAGGCAGAGCCAUCUGCGGCACAGGUGCCCGAGAUCAAAGUAACAACUGACCAGAAUGAUCAAAACCAGCUCUUCCCGUACUCAGAGCCUCUGAGUAACAGAAACCUGUUUUGCUGAAUCAGUCUGGAGUUUGUGACUCUUUAGUAUAAGGGGUUCUGAAUGACUAAAUAGUAUGAUAUCGUUUGUUUACUUAAGUAUGUGGCUAGCUAGUUUUUUUUUUUUUUUUUUUUAAUCCCAUAUCCCUGCCCCUCCCAGAAAGUAGUAACUUCCAUGUUGCCUGCUGUGUCCCAGGUCACAGAGGCACUAAAGGCUCAGGGGGCAAAAUGGGGCUUUGAUCAUGGUCACCCCGUUUGAUUGCACAGUACUGGCAGUGGGUCUUAAAAUGGUCAGAAUGGUUGCCCUUUAGGAAAUGACUGAACUGUGGGAGAAAUGAGGUAAUCUCUUCACUGGAUGGUAACAUUGCUUGUUUGUUUGGUUUGGUUUCUAGACUCCAUUAGCUUGUAGCCCUUCUUUAUUGACUGUAGAUGUUCAGUCUGCUGGGGUGGCUGCACUCUAUAACAUACACUCUUAAAUUCUCAGUGUCAAUUGGAGUCUGUCAAAAGGGGUGCCAAUUCUUAGAAACACGGGGCUUAAUCUUAGCUGUGACUCAGUGCCUGCCACUGUAGGAUUUAGUGCUACCUCCUGGAAGGUGUAAAAUCCCAGGUUUUCUCUUCAUUAGUCCAUCUCCCUGACCGGUGGCUGCUGCUUUUCACUCCCUGAACGCUUGACAAGUUUCAGGCUUGAUUUCCUCUAGGCACAGUCUUUCCCUCUCCAUCUGUCUCCUGCCUCUGCUUUCCAGCCCCAGUUUCUCCUCCUCCUCUUAUGUCAUCUUCUUGUCCUCAGAUUCCUUAGUCCUCGUCUCCUGAAACACCUCUGAACCUUCAGGUGAAUGUCGUGGUGCUCAGGAGUCUAGCACCUCACCACCUCCGCUGUGGCUGUGCAGUGUCUGAUGGCCUUUCAGCUCCCCAGGUAGUGCUCCAAGCACUUUGCUUUUUGUCUUAGUUGAGCACUUGAGGUUGACAGGUGAUGUAAUAGAGUUGGACACUGUUAGCUAGUUGAGUGGAUACAGUGAAGAGUUUAUUGAAAGUGACUGGAGACUGUUGAAAAGAUUUUAAUGCUUUAUACAAUAAAGAACAAUAAAGAACAUUCUUGUUUAAAAUGA